GGCGGGUUCUGGAACGGUCAGACGCCGUGCGGGGCGGGGAUUGGUUCUAGCUUCCGUCUGCUCCUCGGCGUUCGCGGCCGCAGUUCCUGGGACACCUGCUCGCUGCUCCUGGUACGGUGCUGAGCUCCGGCCUCGGGGUUCGCAGAGCUGGGCGCCCUUGUGCCUGGCCUCCAACCGGACCCCGCUGCGCGCCCCUGAGCGUUCGCUGGGCGAAAUGAGCGCGGACGCGGCGGCCGGGGAGCCCCUGCCCCGCCUCUGCUGCCUGGAGAAGGGUCCGAACGGCUACGGUUUCCACCUGCAUGGGGAGAAAGGCAAGGUGGGCCAGUUCAUCCGGCUGGUGGAGCCCGGCUCACCCGCCGAGAAGGCGGGGCUGCUGGCCGGGGACCGGCUGGUAGAGGUGAACGGCGAGAACGUGGAGAAGGAGACCCACCAGCAGGUGGUGAGCCGCAUCCGCGCCGCGCUCAACGCCGUGCGCCUGCUGGUAGUCGACCCAGAGGCGGACGAGCAAUUCAAGAAGCUCGGAGUCCAGAUCCGGGAGGAGCUGCUGCGCGCCCCAGAGAAGUCGGAGCAGGACGGGUCUCCGGCCACCGCCGACGCACAGGGUGCCGGCGACAAAAAUGAGGCCGAAGAGAGCCACUCGGAGCGGCGUGAACUCCGGCCUCGGCUCUGUGUCAUGAAGAAAGGCCCCAGUGGCUACGGCUUCAACCUGCACAGUGACAAGUCUAAGCCAGGCCAAUUCAUCCGAGCAGUAGACCCAGACUCACCAGCUGAGGCCUCUGGGCUCCGAGCUCAGGACCGCAUAGUGGAGGUCAACGGUGUGUGCAUGGAGGGCAAGCAACAUGGGGAUGUGGUGUCUGCCAUCAAGGCAGGAGGGGAUGAGGCCAAGCUGCUGGUGGUAGACAAGGAAGCAGAUGAAUUCUUCAGGAAGUGCAAAGUGAUCCCAUCUCAGGAGCACUUAAAUGGCCCCUUGCCGGAACCCUUUACCAAUGGAGAAAUACAGAAGGAGAAUAGUCGUGAAGCCCUAGUGGAGGCAGCUUCCGAGAGCCCCAGGCCAGCCCUGGCAAGAUCAGCUUCCAGUGAUACCAGUGAGGAGCUAAAUUCCCAAGACAGCCCCAAGAGACAGGAUUCCACGGAGCCCUCAUCUACCUCCUCCUCCUCUGACCCUAUCCUGGACUUCAACAUCUCCCUGGCUGUGGCUAAGGAGCGGGCCCACCAGAAGCGCAGCAGCAAGCGGGCCCCGCAGAUGGACUGGAGCAAGAAAAACGAACUCUUCAGCAACCUCUGAGCAUCCAGCCAUCAGCCUGCUAGGGCUAGCAGGGCAGAGCCAGUCACCCACCCACCCUAGCUCCCUUUCUCUCCUUCCCAAUCUCCUGCCAAUCAGCAUUCAAAUCAGCACCAGCAUCCCCCCUCCCUGACAAAUGAUUUCCUAGAAACCCUAUUCUUCCCUAACCUUACGGAAGAUGAAUGUUUCCAUCCUCCCAUCCCACUCCUCCCUGAGGGCUUCAUCCUACCAAGUGUCCCCAUUGCCAUUCUGCCUGGGACAUCACCGAGACCUGCACCAAGCAAGGACCAUGAGACCAGGCGAGGAGACCUCCCUCAACUGCACAUGAUGACCAGGUCCAAGGCUGACCCAGAACCAAUGGCAGUAGCCACUGCUCACACUGGACAGGGUACCUGUGGUCCUCAGAGCUGUGGCUUGGGCAUCUCUGGUUCACUUUUUUUUUUUUUUGUGGUCUUUUUGAAGCAGGGUCUCCCUGUAAGCUCCAGCUGUC